AUGCAUGGGUUCAUUGACAUCACAACCAAACUUCUCCUCUCCUGCCUCAUGUUUGUGCAGGUACACGCAGUUUGCGUGGCGCCGCAAGAUUUCAAGAAAGGCGACCCCAUCACCCUCAAAGUAAACAAGCUGAUGUCAGUGAAGAACCUUCCGUAUGAAUACUUCUCGUUGCCCUACUGCCGCCCUGAGAAAAUCAUCAGUUCGGCGGAGAACCUUGGCGAGGUGCUGCGCGGCGACCGCAUCGAAAACUCGCCCUACACGGCCAAGUUCCGUGUGAACCAGCACUGCAAGGUGCUGUGCCGCAUCGCGUCGCUGAACAAGGCACAGGAGAAGGCGUUCAAGAGCCGCAUCAGCGACGAAUACCGCGUGAACAUGAUUCUGGACAACCUGCCCAUCGGCAUGGUGCGCAUGCGUGAGGAUGACGGAGAGCAGAUCAAGACUUAUGAGCGCGGCUUCCCCGUGGGUUUUAUGGACGACCAGGACCGCACAUACCUCAACAACCACCUCAGCUUCACCAUUCUGUACCACAAGGACGCUGAGACCGACCUGGCGCGCAUCGUGGGCUUCGAGGUGGAGCCAUACAGUGUGCAGCACAAGUACAAGGGAGAGUGGGAUGCGGAGGGCACCACCAAGCUGACCAGCUGUGACCCGGAUGAGAAGAAGUAUGUGACCGACAAGGGCCCUCACCAGCUGGUGUCAGAGGGCAAGGAGGUAAUCUUCACGUAUGAUGUGGCCUUCAAGGCCAGCGACAUUCGGUGGGCCUCCCGCUGGGACACCUACCUGCUGGCCACUGACGACCAGGUGCACUGGUUCUCCAUUAUCAACUCCCUCAUGAUCGUCCUCUUCCUCAGCGGCAUGGUCGCCAUGAUCAUGAUGCGCACGCUCCACCGCGAUAUUUCCAAGUACAACCAGCUGGAGACGGCUGAGGAGGCGCAGGAAGAGACGGGGUGGAAGCUGGUGCAUGGCGAUGUGUUCCGGCCGCCCUCGCAUGGGUCCUGGCUGGCUGUGCUGGUGGGCACUGGCGUGCAGCUGUUUGGUAUGACCCUGGUGACGAUGUUGUUUGCCACGCUGGGCUUCCUGUCCCCCGCCAAUCGUGGCGGCCUGAUGACGGCGGUGCUGCUGCUGUUCGUCUUCAUGGGCUGCUUCGCUGGCUACUUCUCUGCCCGCCUAUUCAAGACCUUCAAGGGCGAGCAGUGGAAGCAGACCACGAUCCGCACUGCGCUGACCUUCCCCGGCUUUGUCUCCGUCAUCUUCCUCACCCUUAACUUCCUGGUGUGGGGCCAGAAGAGCAGCGGCGCCGUGCCCUUUGGCACUCUCUGCGCGCUGGUCUUCCUCUGGUGCGGCAUCUCCGUGCCGCUCUGCUUCGUGGGCAGCUACUUUGGCUACAAGAAGCCGGCGCCAGAGGACCCAGUGCGCACCAACAAGAUCCCGCGCCAGGUUCCGGAGCAGCCAUGGUACAUGCACCCCGCCUUCUCCAUCCUCAUUGGCGGCAUCCUGCCCUUUGGCGCCGUGUUCAUCGAGCUCUUCUUCAUUCUCACCUCCAUGUGGCUCCACCAGUUCUACUACCUCUUUGGCUUCCUGGCCCUGGUGUUUGUCAUCCUGAUCAUCACAUGCGCCGAGAUCACCAUCGUGCUGGCAUACUUCCAGCUCUGCUCUGAGGACUACCACUGGUGGUGGCGUGCAUACCUUACAAGCGGCUCCAGCGCGCUCUACCUCUUCCUCUAUUCCCUGUUCUAUUUCUACACCAAGCUGGACAUCACCAAGCUUGUUCCCGCGCUCAUGUACUUCGGCUACAUGACAAUCGUGUCGGCCACCUUCUUUUGCCUCACCGGCACGAUAGGCUUCUUUGCAACUUACACCUUUAUCCGCAAGAUAUAUGGUGCCGUCAAGAUUGACUGA